ACGAGUUAUCAACGUUGACCGGAACUCAAGUCAUGCUUUUAGUAGCAUCAGAAACAGGUCACGUGUACACCUUCGCUACUAGGAAGUUACAACCUAUGAUUACCAGUGAAGCAGUUCUUGGUCUCUGUACAGGGAAGGCCCUCAUCCAAACCUGCCUGAACUCCCCGGACCCCCCCGCCGGCUCUGCGGGCGGUGACCAGCGGAUGUCGGCCACCGGAUUCGAAGAGACCGAGCUGACCUACAACAUCAGUGACGACGACUCCAAAGUAAGACAAAUGGUGUACGGCUCGCCGCACACACACGCACACCCGCACUCUUUGGCCAGCCAGGGUCACUAUUCGCACCUAGAACAGACCCAUCUGGGUUUGGGGGGGUCGCCGCAACACGGGGGCUACUCGCAAGCGUGUCCCAGUCCGCUGCCCCCGUCGCACCAGGGUUACGGCCACCCCCAGCAUCCCCACGCGCAUAUGCACUCGCACCCCCAACGGUAGGGAGCGGGAGUCUAGGUCGUUUAGGUUUUUUCUUGUUUUUCCGUCCUGAAACGGGUUGUGGCCGGUGAAUAUGAGCUAAACUGAUUCUUUCUGGUAAUCGACUUUGGGGACAAGUAGUUAAAAAAAUGUUCAACGAUUUAGAAAACAGGUUGUGUUUUGUAAUGAAAUAGAUGGUAUCAUAUCCAUUUCCUUAGAUAGAAUCAUAUGACCCAUUUUAGAUUAGCAGAAUCACCUUGGAGAAUAGAAUAGAAAAGACUAGGAUAUAAAUUUAUCUGACUAUGAUACAUAAAAAUGCCAUAUUUAUACCAAGUCGGUCACAUUGACAAAAGAUGUCGAAUAAAAUAGAAGAAUUAAUCUUCAAUGAAAAGCAUAUAUUUAAAUAUUUAUAAUAAAUCCCAUAAGCUGAGUACAUUCCAAAGUACGUUAAGAAACCUUGCAAAUGGUCUGACACUAAGUGAAAACAAUAUUUGAAAACUAACUCUUUUGAAUGAUAUUGCAUUG